AUGGUGCGGAUUCUUUCGAGCCCUUUUAAAAAACUUUUUUUAAAUCUUCUCAUUAUAUCCUUCAUAACACUAUGGAAUAAACUUAACUCAAAAACGACAGAAAAGUUCAAAAUUAUUGUGCGUGAGUUCCAUGAAGGGGAAAAACUUUUCUAUGUAAAUUCAGAAAAGUGUAAAAUGCCAUAUGUAAAUCCCUUUAAUGCUGAGUUCAUGAAAAUCAACAAACCCAAGAUAUUUAUGCCCUGCACCAACGAGAGUGAUCUUAUUACAGUGAACUUUGAUAAAGUUUAUAAUCAGUAUGUACUACACAUUAAUGAGGAAGUUCUACAUAAGCUUUCCCAGUCGAAAAGUAAUGAGUUUUCCUGCUUUUACCAGAAAAUUAUUUACGGUCAGUCAGCGGAGCGCUACGAUAAGAAAGGAAACAGAACGAAAUUUACUCAAGACUAUUUGGUACCCUUGGAUGUCGAAGGGAUGUUGGUGGAGUGUCGAUCAGCGGACAACAUUUUGCUCCUGCAAAAGGAUGCUUUUACGUUUGUACAAAACAAAAAGAUUCCCCAUAGUUCCCAGAAAGAUCGUAAAGCCAGUGUUAUUAUGUACGGCAUAGAUACGGUAUCUCGAACUAAUCUACGCCGGAUGAUGCCCUUGUUAUACGAGUACCUUAGGUCACCAGGAUGGUACGAAAUGAUGGGCUACAAUAAGGUGGCUGAUAAUUCAUUUCCCAACAUAUUCGCUCUGUUAACUGGAUAUUCCCCGGAGACAGCAGAAACCGAAAUUUGUGAUACGGAUCUUGAUGGAUGUCUAGAUAAAAUACCAUUCAUAUGGCAGGACUUCAAGAAAAACGGCUAUUUGACAGCCUAUGCUGAGGAUGAGGAGGUCUCCAAUACAUUCAGCUAUAAGAAACCAGGCUUUGCCGUGAAACCCACCGAUUACUAUUUUCGCCCUUUUCUAAAUGCCCUUGAAAAAGAGACUCACGUACAGUAUUGCCCGGAUUGUCGGAAGAAGUAUUGUCUGGGUCGUCGAUUGGCCAACAGCUAUAUCUUUGAUUACUGCCGCCAGUUUAUGCAACGAUUUGUUGCCGAUCGCCCUAUCUGGGGAAUGUUUUGGACGAAUCACUUCAGCCACGACGACGUCUUCAUGCUGUCCGCAAUGCAGCAUAAGAUCUUAAAUGAUCUCCUGAAUUUUGAGAAAGAUGGAGCCUUCGAGCAUACGAUAAUGAUCUUCUUCUCGGAUCACGGAGCCAGGUUCGGUCCAAUGAUGCACAUGAAGGAAUCUUUUCUGGAGGAGCGUCUACCCAUGAUGUUCAUUUACUUGCCGCCUUGGUUUCGAGAGAAGUAUCCUCUCUAUGCGGAAGCUCUUUUCCAGAAUCAGAAUCGCCUUAGUUCUAACUUCGACGUCUACAAUACAUUAAGGCACAUCCUAAACAUUGAUGAAGGAGUAGAUGAUACACAAUGGGCAUUUGACUGCCCACAGUGCCAGUCGCUCUUUCAUCCGCUGCCAGAGAAUCGCGGCUGUUCGGAGGCUGCCAUAGUGGAGGCCUACUGUACGUGCCACAACUACGAGGUAGUCAAGGAGGAGCCAUGGACCUGGCGCAUGGCCGAAUUGGUGGUGGAUCGUAUAAAUCAGUACCUCCAGCUCAAGAACCUGAAUAGCCUAUGCAGUAAUCUCACUCUGAAGUUUAGAAGUACUGAACAGAGAGUGGACAAGAUCGAAGAGGAUGAAAGCCUACCGAAAAGAAUGCAGUAUUAUCAUACGAGGAUUCAGGUUCAUCAGAAUAUGGCAGAGUUUUAUGCCACCGUCCUAUACAAUAGGGAAACAGAAGAGCUCAAGAUCAAUGUGGAACAUAUCAGCCGUAUUAAUAUAUACGGUUCGGAUUCAGAAUGCAUUAACAAUAAGAUCACCAAGUUGUUCUGCAUAUGCAGUUCAAAAUUGCAACAAAGUAACUAA